AUGGUCCGAUUCAAGAACAGAUACUUCCUCUUCGAGCUCAUUUGGCAGGAUGGCACCGCACCCAGCGACUUCGACGCUGCGGCCCUGUGGCAGACGCUGCGGGACUCUCUCGCCGAGAACUUCGGCGACGCGAGCUUAGGCGCGGCACUGCAGAGCCUCCAGGUGAAGAUAUACGACCCGAAGGUCAACCUGGCCAUCGUGCGGUGUUCGCGCGACGAGCACCAGCACCUGUGGUGCGCGGCGACGCUGCUGACGACGGCGGGGGCGCUGCGGCGGCGCGUGGCGCUGCGCAUGGUGCGUCUGUCGGGCGUGCUGCGGCCGGCGCAGGAAGCAGCCCUCAGGGCAGGGUUGAGUUCAAUUGGCAAACUCAAAGUCUCCGAGGACAGAAAGGAAGCGAUGCGGCAGGACUGGCAGCAGCGGGUGCUGGCGCUGCAGGUGUAG